AGCAAUGUGAUUGUGGAAAGCAACCUUCUCAGUGCUGUUUCUGGUGGGGGCUUGACUGUUCAGCCUACUUGCUCGCUCGCUCUCGGGACUCUUUUGCACUGUCGUCUGUUUUGAAAGGAUCAGGUGAGCACGCGCAAUUGUGAUUAGAAAGGAAGUUCGGCUCCCGCAGGUCUUUGACUCGAAUGAGCCGGGGGGGGGGUGGUGGUGAUGAGGCGUGCAGACCCCCACCACGCCGCCCAGCAGCGACGGCCUUGGAGUGGGAGAGGCUGUGGUGCGCUGCAUGGAGAGCUUGGAUGCGCGUCUCUGUGUCUCCUCCACCCCACCCGAGCUCUCUGCUCAGGGAAGGGCCAGGUCUAGGCGCAUGCACUUCCUCGGUCUGCCUCCGUGCUGAAAAGAAGGGGGAGGCCCUCCCCGGGAGGAGAAAGCAUGGAGAACGGCGAUCCCAGCGCCGCCGCUGCCGCCUCCUCCUCCACCACCACCACCAGCAGAGCUUCUUCUAUGGCCCGGGCGCUCUUGCAGUUGUAGCGGGUCUGAUUGGUUUGACAGAGGCCGCUACAGCGUGGCGGCUGCAACACGAGCGCGGGAGGCGGGAGCUGAGGCGAGGCCGGGGCCAGCGCAGCGAGGAGGGGGACGGCGGCGGCGGCGGCGGCUCCCAAGCCAGCGCGCCUGCCCGGCCGGUGGCGGCGGCGCGGCGGCGAAGACGACGGCGGAGCCAGGGCGAGCAGGCGGAGGAGGAAGGGGGUCUCCGGGCCGGGGCGGCCGGGCCCCAUGGGCGGGUGUGUGGGCUCCCAUCACGACUCCUCGGGCAGCCUCAACGAGAACUCGGACGGCACCGGAGUUGCACUAGGUCGUAAUCAGCCUCUGAAAAAGGAGAAACCAAAAUGGAAAAGUGAUUAUCCAAUGACAGAUGGACAGCUGCGCAGUAAGAGAGACGAAUUUUGGGACACCGCACCUGCUUUUGAAGGCCGCAAGGAAAUCUGGGAUGCCCUGAAGGCUGCAGCACAUGCAUUUGAGAACAAUGAUCAUGAACUGGCACAAGCAAUCAUUGAUGGUGCAAACAUAACAUUACCCCAUGGUGCUCUUACUGAGUGCUAUGACGAACUGGGAAACAGAUAUCAGCUUCCUGUCUACUGCCUGGCCCCUCCUAUCAACAUGAUAGAAGAGAAGGGUGACCUCGAGACUCUGGAUAUUCCUGAUCCACCACCCAACUCUGGUCAUGAGUGCCAGCUUCGUUUACGCCUCUCAACAGGCAAAGACCUCAGACUUGUGGUUCGCAGUAUGGACACUGUAUAUCACAUGAAGAGAAGACUGCACACAGUGGAGGGUGUGGAGCCCAGCAGUCAGCGGUGGUUUUUUUCAGGGAGGCCACUGGCAGAUAAAAUGAAACUGGAGGAGCUGAAAAUACCGAGGGACUAUGUGGUGCAAGUCAUUGUGAGCCAGCCCUUAACAAACCCCACACCAGUGGAGAAUUGACUUUGCCUGUAUGUCUCUCCUUUCCUCUUCCUGCUCUUCUGUCAUGUGGGAACUUUCAUGGUUUUCAUUCUCCCCUGCUAAUGGAUUGGUUCCAAGCAAUGACCAGCAAAAAUUCCAUCUGUGAUGGAGCUUUGGGAGUGUGGGGGAGAGCACACAUGUGAACACAUACACUCAUUCAUAAACUGCCCCUGGUGACUUUGCCCAAUUUUAGUAUUUCUUAGCACCACAGGAAGGAACUCUUAGCAAAGAAAAUGGAAAAAAUGUAUUUGAGAGAGCAAGCCUGUAGGCUACACAAAAUAAAGCUAAAAAUAGUGCUUUGAACUGUAAGUGAAGCAUUGGUCCAUGAAGGGAGAAAGCACUUUUAAAAGGAUUAAACCAAAUUGAAGUUUUUCAUGUAAUCAGCAUCACUUACAGAUCAGCCCAUCAGUAUAGCUGCUGUGGUCUAUCUCAUGUGCUGUGAUAUCUGUAGAGAUUGAGGCACAUUAUGAUAAUUGUAUGUUUGAUCACUAAUUCAGGUUUUAAAACUAGUUUUGGUACAUUCCAAGUUAACAGCAAAUAGUGGUUUGCCACUACUGUCCUCAGUAUGGUAAACACUGCCUUCUGAAAAAAUUAGGCAAUAAUUUAGCAAAUGUCUAUGUUAUAAGAAUAGCUUGUAUACUGUAAAGUUAACUGGCUGCAAGAAAACUUGUCAUAUUUCCUGGCACCAGAAAAUGGACCUACCAAGUUACUGUGCACUGUUGUGUCUAGUGAAAAGCUAAUGAUUGGAAGAGCACCAUCCUGAGCAGCAAAAAGGCACGUGACCUCUGCCAUUUAGUAUGUUCUCUUUCACUUAAAAUAGUGAAAGUAGCCUCUAAUACUUUCACUUAAAAUAGUGAUUUUAAAUCCCUUUGACUCAUAGCAAUAGCUAUGCAACAAAUUUCAGGAGAAAAGCACAGGAGUGUUGUGCACUUCUCUAAGGUAAGGGUGUACAACUUUCUUUCCACUGACAUAUAUUUGCUCUCAUAACAGACUCAAAUAUAUAAUCUUAUUCUACAUCUCUCUGUCCUUCUAGAAAGAGAUUGGAGAAAGGAUAGAAAAGACUUCUUGGCAGGUGAAGAUACUGUAGUUCCUGGAUCUGUUUAAUCACUUGAUUCCCCCCCACCAUUGCACCAUUAAAGCUUUUCAGUUCAUUUUGGGGAAUCAUUCCUUGCACAUACAUCUGUGUUACUAUUCCCCAAAUCCUCAGAUAUUUGGACAUCUUAUUAAAGAUGGGAAGCUUGCAAAAAGAAGUAGGUUCAAUUGGUUUGUAAAAAGCAGCAUAUGUCCCAAAAAAAUUAUUUCUCUUGUAGGCUCUCUAUAUCUUCCUUGCCAGAGAAGUUAUGCUUUUGCUUCAGUUAUACCUUUCAUGCUCAUUCAUCUGACACUGUAUUAGCAGCACCUGUGUGUCAGACUAAUGGGUCACUUGUUCUAGUUGAUAAGACUUAGAAAUCUCCCCUCUGUCAAAUAUCUGCAGCCUCAGACUAUGACCUUAACAAUAUCAUACAGUGUUCUCCCUUCAGAAUAUGAAAGCAAGCCAUUAUUUAGAAGAACAAGUGUGUCUUUUUUAAGAGUGCUUUGGGCAAGAUUUUCAGUGGUCUUCAUGGAACAAUAACCAAUUUGGGUGGUUAGCAUAAAACAAAUCUGUCUUAGAACAACAUGUACCCUUUUUAAAAAAGUGCACCCUUUUAAAAAAAGAAGCAGCAUGUCUAAUUCUUUUAUUUAACUUCUCUGAACUUGUUGGAUCGGUCCUAAUUUCAUAAUGCCAUGUUUCUGUUAGCAACACUAUUAUUGCUAAUUUUUCAGAUGGCACAUUCUAACUUUUUUUUCUUGCUAAGCACCAAAUCUAUUUGCAUGUGACCCUCCUCCUUUCACAUUUAUCUCUUCUUUUAGAAUUAAAAGCAUGGGUUUUGGUCCACUGACAAUAGAGUCUAGGGUGGGCAUUUUCUCUUCACAGUGAAGAGAGCUACAGUACUUAAGUGUCCUAUAACUAACCUAGCCUUACUUUGGGUUAUUUUGCUGUGACAACUAGAAACUAGAACCAUGAAACUGAAAGUUAUAAAUUGUAUACAAUUUCCAGCAUAGGUUAGAUUAGAAACUUUAAUGGGAGAUGUGCUGGGCUUUGCCCUCUGAUCUUUAUCUUUGAAAAUUAAGGUUCACAUUUGGAACCACAUGCCACAUGGACAUGAAUGUAUCAUUGUAUAUCACAGCCACUGCACUCUUCUGGGCAGAGUUGAUUACUACCUGAUCUUCUCAACAUAGUUUAUGACCACAUUAUGAUAAAGAUGCCUUGGCACCAACUUACAGCAAAAAUGCACCUGUGUUGUAGGUAUUGACUGUAAGUUCCUGACUUUCCAGCACCAUAUUCACUUGUGCUGUUAUUAAGAACAACACUUCAUUAAUAAGCUCAGAAUGGUGCAAAGACUGCUUCUGUCAUCAAGGGUGUAUUUAAUAUCUUACUAUGAAAUUGGAGUAUUUAAGGAGGAGCCUAACUGUGAAACUUUCCUAACUUGUGUCACACAUUGAAGGGAAAAGGAAUGUUGGAUUGCUGCACAAAGAUUUUUGUAAAGCUGUUGUACUUGGAAAGUCUCCGAGAUUUUGACCCAUUCAGUCGUUGCUUGGUACAUUUCCUUUCUGUUUUUGAAUAAGAAACAUGCUACAUAUUUUGUGCAAACCACAGCCAUUGCAUAUCAAAAAACAAAAACAAAAAAACACAGCUUGAAAAAUAAAGUAUAUAUCUGUUUUAUUUUGUUUUUUCCAAUACAGAAAAAGGGCAAAAGGUCAGCUGUUAACAAUUAAUAUAGGUUAAGCAGGCUGAUUAAUUUUUAUAACUUUUCUGCCCUUUUUAGAAUGCAUUUUCCAAGACAAUUUAAAAUAAUUUUCAAAUCAUGUUGCUUAAUGACAGUUUGGGAGUUUGGUGUGUGUGUGUGUGUGUGUGUGUGUGUGUGUGUGUGUGUGUGUGUGUGUGUGAAUGAACAGUCCUCCAGUGGGACACCCCUCCUAUGUGUCACUCGAAGAGUACAAGCAGGGACUGUUCUUUACUGCCAUGGCAGUCACCCACCCAGUAGGAAAAAGAGCACAAGCAAGUUGCAGCAGAUCCUUCUCCUUGCUGCUGUCCUCACUUGCUCACCCCCACAUAGGUGGGCUGGUGAGUGUAAUGGCAAGGAGUAACCACUGCUCUCUGUCCUCUUCCUGUGUGUGGAGGAUGGAAGUUGGCCCAAUCCUCAGGUCACCCAGAGAAAGGCCACCCAGAGAAAGAAGGCAGGUGGUGGAUGUGGCGGCGGCAGCUUCUGCUGCAUGUUCUCAGUAGGAAUAUGCAUGGAACUGGUUCCGUGCACUCCUGGGAGGAUGGGGGGUUGCUUUAAGGCACGGGGGAGGGUGUCCUUACCUCCCUUGCCUCAUUUUCCCUGCCGGCGCUGCUGUCAAAAUUGCUGGCAUGGGGCGGCUGUAUACCCUCCUGUUGUCCCAGUCACCGUAAUACCAGAAGCUGCACGUGCGUGACGCACACAUGCACUCCAGCCACUUCCAGUAUUACACUGAUUGGGGUGACAAGAUUUGUAUACAGGGUAUACAAUUGCCCCGCACCAGUGAUUUUGACAGCAGCGCUGGUGGGGGAAACGGCGGAAGAGGUAAGGACACCCUCCCUGUGCCUUAAAGCAACCCUCUCCCCGCCUCUGAACCGGCUCAAACUCUGGUCUUUCAAACUGGUUCGGCAGUCUGUGAAUAGAUGGCCAAACCAGUUCGUGCACAUUCCUAGUUUCCAGUGUUGGUGAACCAGGUGUGUUGGAGCUUCCACAGCUGCCAACUCUGUCACCACUUGUGCUUGGUGGGAUAGGUUUUCAACAAAGAUUUUAAUGAUUUGGCAAAUGACUUUGAAAUUCACCAGCAUUUAAACACUCUACAGUAGUUGGGUGGUUCUCACAGAACAGUUACAAGAGGAUAUUUGAAUAGCCUCUAGUUGGCUUUCAUAAAUGUGUGUGUGGGGGGAAACAUUUCAGGACAGAAUUGGGCUCUUAAAAAAAACCCAGCUUAAGUACAAAACAGUAAGUAUGAACUUUUUAAAAAAGUGAUAACAUGUAAUUGCCAGAUACUGUUGCCCUGAAGAAAUGAGCCCCCACUUCCAUUCUUGCAGUUAGAAUGGAACACCUUGGAAAGAAAAGUUCAUUAUUCCUGUAUUUAAAUGGCAGUAAAUAUUUUGCUAACGAUAAUGAAGGACCACUGUUGAACUUUUGUGUAAAUCUGCAUGAUAAAUUGAUAUACCUCCCUUUUGCAUUGACGGUAGACACUCAAGAAUUGCUAUCCUUCAUAAGCAAGGUGAUCAUAUUGCCACCUUUGGGAACUCUGUCUCUCUAAAAACAAGUUAUCUCUCAGGUAUCAUGAAUAGUUUUUUCUUUUGAGUAGAAACUGCAUGCAUCUCAGAACAAAGUUAGGAGUCAGUUAUUUGUUUCCUUUCCCUCCUAUUUCCUGCUUUCGGAAGAAUGGAGAAUUUCAUUUUAGUUUAUGAAUAUCCCUUGUGAUUAAUGAUGUGCUACAAGGCAAGUGGUCCUUUCACCACCUUCACUCUUUCAGUUAGAAUGAGGAAACUCUGGGUUUUCACCAUUGUUAAUCUCCAAACUUAAACAAUUUCAUUCAUUGCUUGAAUAGUUCCUCUUCACUUACACACACCUAAAGUUUAUCAUUUGUAUGUAGACCAGAUUGUAUGCCAGGUCGCCCCCCCCCACUUUUGUGCUGGCGGCUGACCAUCCUGAUCUAGAAACUGCUCUUUCUACCCCCAGUUGAGUACAUGUGUUGUGUAUUGUAAAGAUAGAACACUUACCUUUCAGCUAUUGAGAGCAAACAGUAAUUGGACAGUUUUCAUUACAGCUACAACAAAUUUGUAUGUCACUUCUGAUUAAUGUUUACCCCUAUGCUCAUGAAUCAUAUCUACAAACGAGUGGAGGUGGCAAGUCUUUUUAACAAAAAUGCUUUGUUUUUCACACUUGCUAUUGCAAAGGUGUCACCAGUACAUGACCCAAAAGUAAUGGACUGAAUGUGAUCUGCUUAUCCUGAAAUAGCUUAAAAGGCAAAUGGACAAUAAUUCUGUUUAUAUAGCUCUGUGAGGGAAAACAUGAAUAGUAAAAAAAAAACCCCAGUGCUUUCUGUGUUCCAACCUAUUCUAAAAAGAAACUUGUGACUGGAAUUUUGGUAGAAGCAUUGCCCAUUUACCUUUCUACCAAUAGCUUUAGAACUGACAGUGAGAUUAAGAAAAUAGUCAUAUUAAAAACAAUUGCUUUGAUUAUUCUUUUGAUUUCUGAUGGGAGCAUUUUGAGAAACUAUAUGAAAUUGCUAAAUAACCAAUUGGGCUUUAAGAAUAUCUUGGUGGUUAAAAGUAACCUCUACUUUCCUCAGUGCUGUGGUUUCAUUAUUCACUUACAAAAAGAAGCAGGAUUUAUAUUAAAGUGACAAACUUAAUUUGACUAAAUAGAUUAUAAAUGACACUGACCCACAUGUUCCACAGUGUUCGAAGGGCAGAGCAGGAGCUGCAUCCUCAUAAAGACUACUUUAUUCGGCCAGGUGGGUGAACAUCCGUGAAGUGGGAGAGGUGAAUGAUUUUAGCCAAUCUCCCCUCUUUCUAAAAGUGCUAUUUGGCUGCCAGAAAUAUGUCCUUCAGGGCUGUGCAACCCCCAAGGGACAUAUUUCUGGCAGCCAAAUAGUACUUCAGAGGGAGCAGAGAUUGGCUAAAAUCACUCAGUCCUCCCACUCUAUCCAUGUUUGGCUGUGUGACAACACUCUGGCUGAGCUCCAAAGCAGACUUUUUCAAGGAUGCAAGCCCUGUUCCGCCCUUGUAACACCAAGGAACAUAUUGGCCACUGACAAGAUAUGGAUAGUGACCCUGCAUAUUAAGUGCAUAGCUCCUUGGAAAAACACAAUAAAAACAUAUCUGCUAGUGUACUUUUUAUGCUAUUUUUAGGAAAUCCAUUUUAGCAUUGCAAGCAUUGACAUAUUAAUGAUCUCUUAAUUUGUUGCUAUCUUGAUUUAAAUUUUAAAUGUCACAGUUAUGUAUAUCAGAGAUCUGAUCUGACAUCAGAGAUCUGAAGCUGGCUGUUCUAGCAGAGUGAUUGUGCCUCUGUAGGGGUUUGUUUUUUUGUUUGUUUUUGCUUUAGAUUGAGCUUUCAGCUUAAUAGGCAAAAAUAUUUCACCUUUGGUGUAAUUCACUUGCCUUCUUUCCCCAAGUUUGCAGACAAACAAACAAAAAUCAAUUUGUACCUAACAGUAUGUGAACAGUGUAAAGGAGUACUGUCUCUGGGAGCUAUUGAAUUGAAGCAACCUAUUUUGUCAAUACCUUACUGUACUUUAUUCCAGUGUAAGGGAACCACUCGAUACAUUCAAAUUCACUGGUUCUUUUGGUUAGCUGCCAUGUCUCUUAGACUAGUCUAUCAGUUUUUUUAAAAAAUUAUGUGCCCAGUAAGUGUUCUUAAUCUAAUUAAGCAUUUCCACCUCUUGCCUUUUCUAUGUAGAUUCAAGUUUCAUUUAUAGGGAGUCCAUUAUAAGUUCCCUUUCAAGAGAAGAAUGUACUGCAGUGCAUACCAGCAAGUUUGUAGGUACUAAGUACAAGGAUGGAUUAAGAGGGAGGGUUUUGGGGUUUGUUUGUUUUUUAAAGUUAAUUCUACAGUAAGGUUUGAACCCUACUGGUUUGACCCCACAUGGCAUUGGCAAUUUGUGAAGAAAUAUGUUAAUGUCCUUUGGCAGAGUCCUUUAGUAUUGGAUAUUUCUGGAUACUGUGCAAAUGAUGUGUAGAUCAGAACCAUGUUGUCAAAUAGAAAACACAUGUAUGGUCAUGUUCAUUGGGAAUAUUAAGAAUGUAUCUGACUCUUUCAUCCCCCCUUUUUUUGGCAAUUGAGUCUAGCCAAAGAUGGGAGACAACUUAAAGAAAAAUUUUAAAACCACAUUAUUUGUUGGGGCUUCAACUGAGAUAAUGAAAUGGUCUUCUAUCCAGGACCUUACUGGUGCCUCUCUUCUUCUCCAUGUCCUGGGAAUGUCUGGAAACUGGAGAUAGCCUUUUGAACAAUGUAUACAGUUGUGCACUAGGCAGCUGGAGGUGUGUAAAGACACUCUUUUCUAAUGCGUUAUGAGCAAAGGACUUGGGUUUAAUGUCCUAUUUGCCUCAUGGUAGUGGCUUCCAAAGAUGGCUGGUACCAUCAAUUUGUAUUUCUUGAAUAAAUAUCUUCUCUUUUCUGGUAAAUCUUUUUUGUACAGUGUUUGUUGUGUGCCAUGUAUCAAAGACACGUUCAUGUUACAUAGGAUGAGGUGGCUGGUAAUUAGGCAUCAAUACAGAGAAACAAUUUCAGUGGCUAAAAAGGGAAGUCAGUUGAGGAGAAUUACAGUGAUGUGACACUUUUUUCCUGUAACUUUUAUAUAUAUAUAUAAAAAAAAUUAAAUCUCUUAGCUGUA